CUGUGUUUAGCCGUGUUUCGUCGUUCAAGAAGCAACUUUUUUUGGUUCUUUUGAUGUGAAAAGAUGCCUGAGACUACAGUGGAAGCUAGAGAUGUUUUGGAGGCUGUAGAAACCGGAGGAAGGAGAAAAAAAGCGAGAUUUCCCAGCCAAUGGAGUUCCACAACCACACCGCACCAGCGAACUUUAGAGCUAGAAGGAGUUAUCGAGGUUCUUAGAGAGUACGAUUCUGUCGAAGGGAACGAUAUAAACUGCUCAAUUUGCGGUAAGAAUUUUUUGUUAUCUUGUUGUAAAUUAUGAGUGGUUAUUUCGGUCGCGUAGACGUCGUAAAUCGCACGUUCGAUGCGGCUAAAUAAAAUCUUCAUUCAAAUACGUUGUUGUGUUUACAUGAGUAGACCUGAGUGCGCCAAUGAAAAUUUUGCAACAUCUUUCACGUUUUCUCCUCUUGAGAAAAGUUUGUUCUUUAGCAGAAUAGCUUAAACGUUCCACUAUAUUUCUGUGUUAUAUUUGUGGCAUGUUCUUGAGAAAUGAAUUUUUUUAAGAAUAUUUUUACAAUUUUACUACGCUGCACUAAUUAUUUAGCUGGGCAAACAAAUGAGGCGAAGUAUGAGGGAUAUUUGUGUCGAGAGUUGCGUUUUAGAAUUUUUUCCCAAGCAACUUUGAAGUUGUUGCUGUCAAAUUUGGUCAGAAACAUUGCUAACUAUUUUCUGGAUUUUCUAGUCACGUUUAUCCUGCGAAAAUUUGCGAACGAAAUUUUUUGGCAAUUUCACGGUCCGUGUCAUGUGAGUCGCCUCGUGUUUCGUUUUCGACCAAAAUAUCCCGGAACUUUUUUCUUAUUCAUUGAAAAUUUUCCGCUUUGAACCUCAAAAACUGAAACAUGCACGCUUAUCGAUUAACUUUACGAGUUGAGCGCAGAUAAUUCAAAUGGUUUCCCUGUUUUAUAGUAUUAUUUAUUAUUUUACUUUAUUUUACUCUUUUGUCAGAAUUUCGACAUGUUUAAUAUCAGAGCAACUUGUCUCGUCGAGCCUCUGGACUUUGUUUUAUUUAUUUUUUUCGCAGGGAAGUUGUACAAGAGUAAAGUUUGUUUUACCAAGCAUUUGUGGGAACACAGUGUCUACUGGGAUUUAUUUGACGCGCUGAAAAACCAAGAGCGUGUCUUGUCGAUACAAGCAGCGAUUAUUCUUUCACAACCAUAUCUGGAAUUCCUGCUCGUCACCUCGCCGACGUCCACGGAAAAAAAGAAAGACGAUCCUAAAUCGAAUCAACUUCACAGGAAAACCACCACAAGAAAAAGGCAAAGAGAAUCUUCGACUUGCUCAGUAGAUUUCUAAUUUCUUAAAGAAUAUCUUUCACAUAUACAUGUAUAUCUAGUUAUAUGAUGUGCAAGGGGUAGCACAUUUUGUUUAUAUUUCUUGUAAAAGUGUCUUGAAUUUAUAAAUAUAUAUAAAUGUAUAAGAAGAAGAAGAAGCUUAGUAAAGUUGUAAAUGAUUUGUAUUUGGUUGUGGGGAAAAUAUUCACCCUGUACUAUAAACCCACAUUUGUAAAUGAUGUUUGUAUUUCAUUUAUUUCAAAAGUGACAAUACUCGAUAUAUCGAGAUUUAAGAUGAAUCUAUUCAGCGGUUGUUAAAAUGCCAAUAAAGUUCAUUUGAUCAAAAG